GACUACAGAGCUAAUGUAGAACAGGCUGCCCAAGCAGCAGAAGAAUUUUAUCAGUUAUAUUACGAACACUUUGAUAAGAAGCGACAUAUGAUAAAGAAGUUAUACCAAGAGACAGCUACUGUGGUAUGGAAUGGUCAUGUUGUGAAGGGGGCUGGAGAUAUUGUCCAUUUCUUUGAAAAUUUACCAUCAUCUCAACACACCAUAACAUCAUUAGAUGCUGUACCAUUAUUAGACUCACUGACACCUGGACAUAAAACAAUAAUGUUAACAGUUUUUGGAACAGUGAAAUAUAACGAUGAGAAAAACGUGAAAUCCUUUUAUCAAAAUUUUAUGUUGACAUCUCAUGAUAAAGUGUGGAAAAUAAUCAGUGAUACUUUCAGAUUUUUAGCUUGA